AUGAUUUGGAAAGCGAGGGGCCGCUCAAAUAUGAAACGUGUUCAGACUUCGUUUGGUAUAGUUGAAGGCGAAAUUGUUUCCCCAAAUGUUGAUGACCUGCCGACUGUUGUACAGUUUUUAGGUAUUCCAUAUGGUAUGACUCCAACCGGCCAGUCACGUUUUAACAUGGUUAGAUCGGCACCAAAAUGGAGCCAUAUACCAAAGCAGACGACUCGGUUGAAGAGUGUGUGUAUUCAAGAUCUUCCGGAACUGUCUACGUCAAACGGUUUAAAGUUGACGUCAACACAGCGCUUUGAUUUUAUGCAUCGAAUGUAUCCACGACUUUCGAUGCAAUCCGAAGACUGUUUAUAUAUGAACCUUUAUGUUCCCAUUAAUCCGGAGACUAAAAAGGAUAAAUUAUCAACACUGGUAAUUGUUCAUGGUGAUGACUACGGGUGGAGCGCUGGCAGCCCUUACAAUGGAACGCUGUUAGCCUCAUUUGGCGAUAUUAUUGUUGUAACACUCAAUUAUCGUCUUGGCGUUUUUGGAUUUUUGGGACGAUGUCAAGGUUCCUGUGUUGGAAACUGGGCAAUUUCAGACCUUGUUACUGCUUUAAAUAUGUUGAGCAAUAUAAUCGAAUCUUUUGGCGGAGAUCGUAACUCAAUUACGUUGUUAGGAUGGGGAUCCGGAGCAUCAUUAGUGUCUCUUUUAAUGGCAUCACCGAUGACAUUCCCAAAGAAUCGAUUAUUUCGACGAGCGAUACUGCUUGAUGGAACAGCACUGGCACCGUGGGCAAUGAUGAAACGAUCCAACGAUCGCUUCUAUCACUUGGCUCAUGAGCUCAAGUGUGCUGAUAUCAAAUUGGCGAAUAAAAAUGUCAAAAAUAUUGAAAGCAUUUUGCAAUGUAUGCAAGAUCAUAGUGCUGAAAAUAUCACACAAGCAGCCAGGAAGAUACAGACACCAACAUUCUUGUCCAAAUUUGGUCCCAUAAUUGACGGCCAGGCUGUUCCGCACUAUCCAAGAAGAAUCUUUAGCGUUCCGUAUGGUAAUCUGUUUCGAGAUAUUGAUUUACUGGUUGGAUUGACAAUACAUCCGGCACAUCAUUUACUUGCUGAUGAUUUCUACAAAUAUGGUAUGAGUAAAGAAGAUCGAAAAAAAAUUUUAAGAACACUUGUGCGAAACUUGUAUGAUUAUCAUCGUAACGAGGUUUUGGCAGCAAUAAUUAAAGAAUACACAGACUGGGAUAAUCCUCGGGAACAUCCAAGAAAACUUCGGGACGGAGUACUUGCAGCACUUAGCGAUGCUCUGUAUAUUGCUCCACUGAUUGAAACUGCUCGGCUUCAUUCCAUGAACCCGAAUGCUGGCAAACGAAAAAGCACUACUUACAUGUUUGUGUUCACACAUGAAACAAAAAGUCAGAUGAAAGAGAAACCGAAUAGUGGAAUUAUCGGAUCUAUUACUGGUGACCAUCUUCCUUACAUAUUUGGAUAUCCGCUAUGGAACGCUGAAGGAAAGCUCUAUUAUGACUUUAGCGAAAUCGACAAAGGAAUAUCUCGAGUUAUGAUGAAUUACAUAUCAAAUUUUGUUAGAUCCGGUGAUCCUUCAAAGCCACAAGAUAUAAGUCCGGUCACUGCUGUUGAGGAGAAAUAUGGUCAUGUGCCGUGGUUACCAUUCAAUCAAGCUAAUCGUGAGCCCUACAUUGAAAUAGCUGAUCGUCCACGAGCGAGGAACUACUAUCGUAAUGCACAUGUUGGCUUUUGGAAUGAUUUUCUUCCGCACCUUUUCACUCCAAACCGUGAUGAUAUUAUAAUACCUGAGGAGCACAAUUAUUUACCGGACCAUUUUAAAAAGGAUACCUUUUAUGGCGUUGUUCGACCACACGCUCCAUUUUUAAAUGAACCAUUUAUUGCUCCCCCACCAUCACCGCCGCCGCUUCCAAAUGCUAAAAAAUUGUCGACACUUCAGCAGAAAACAAAAACCGAUGUAACCGAAAUUCUUUCAGCUUCUCCAGUAACGACGCCUAAACCAAGCUUAGUAACGGCGGUCAACGAAGCAACGGUAGGGCAAAAUAGUACUAUGCUUUCCGUUACUGUGGCAGUCGGUUGUGGACUUUUGCUGUUGAACAUCUGUGUUGGACUUGGACUCUACAGACAGUGUAAUAACAGACGUGAUGAAUCGAAAAAUAAGCCACAACUUCAGUAUCAAUCCUAUGCAGCAAAUUUACAGCCUGGCGGUGAAUUAAACUAUAGUCUUAAUACACCACUUGGCCAACAGGUAUUUGAAGAUAAGUAA